AUGAUUGUCGCUGACGAUUCACAACAAUAUAGGAAUUACGUCCAACUUGAGAAAUUGGGUGAAGGAACUUAUGCGACUGUAUACAAGGGUCGAUCGAGGACGACUUCAGAGGUGGUAGCUUUGAAGGAGAUCCAUUUGGAUGCUGAGGAGGGAACACCUAGCACGGCUAUCAGGGAGAUCAGCUUGAUGAAAGAGCUCAAACACGUCAAUAUCGUUCGUCUACACGAUGUCAUCCAUACUGAAUCAAAAUUAGUAUUGAUCUUCGAGUAUUGCGAACAAGAUCUCAAGAAAUAUAUGGAUACUCAUGGUGAUAGGGGUGCACUAGAUCUCAACACCGUCAAGAAUUUCACUCAUCAGUUGUUGAAUGGUAUCGCGUUCUGUCACGAUAACAGAGUGUUACAUCGGGAUCUCAAACCUCAAAACUUAUUGAUUAACAGACGAGGAGAAUUGAAAAUUGGUGAUUUCGGUUUAGCCAGGGCUUUUGGUGUGCCGGUGAACACGUUCAGUAAUGAGGUAGUCACACUUUGGUACAGAGCGCCAGACGUGUUAUUGGGCUCAAGAACUUAUAGUACAAGUAUCGACAUUUGGUCUGUUGGUUGUAUUUUCGCAGAGAUGAUCACUGGUUAUCCAUUGUUCAGGGGAAGAGAUAAUGCGGAUCAAUUAGUCCAGAUCAUGAAGAUUGUCGGUACACCUAGUGAUGCUACGAUCGCUCAGAUCAAACUCAAUUCGCCCGAAAUUCAGAUCAAGGCUCCACUUGCUAAACACCCCAAACAACCUUUCCAUGCUAUCGUACCUCGUGCACCUAGAGAUGCCCUUAACCUUCUCGAACACCUCCUUCAAUUCGAGCCAUCACGCCGAUAUGAUGCUCAUCAAGCAAUGGCUCAUCCAUACUUCACUGCUGGACCUAUCGCUCCGCCAACUCUACCAGCAACUGUCCAAUCAUCAGCAGCGUCGUUGGCACUCCCACCAAGAGUAGCUGCUCGAGCGUCUCAGGCAUCCGCAGCUGUUCAAGCUCAACAACAGGCUCAAGCACAAGCUCAGGCUGCUCAACAGCAGAACGCUCAGAUCAUGGCUGCUCAACAACAGCAGCAACAGCAACAACAACAGCAAACUCAGUAUAAUGCUAUGUUGGCUGAACAAGCUGCUCGACAGGGAUAUUACGAUCAAGCUACAGCCGCUCAAAUGCAAGCCCAAGCUCAAGCCGCUCAUGCUCAACAGAUGCAAAUCGCUCAUGCCCAAGCUCAAGCGCAAGCGCAAGCACAGGCUCAGGCGCAAGCUCAAGCUCAGCAAGGUAGAGGGAUGGAUCCUAAUGGAUACUACAUGAAUCCUGAAGGACGAUACUAA